AUGAGUUACAACUACAUAGUUUCUUGGUUGCUUAUAACAUUCACUGCUGCCGUAUCAUGUGUCCUAACUUAUGUAUUCUCUAGAUACCAACACGAUCCUUACAUGGAUGAAGUUUUUCAUGUGCGCCAAACAUUAAAAUAUAUUCAAGGAAACUGGAAGUUCUGGGAUAGCAAGAUCACCACACCUCCCGGUCUUUAUGUGGCUUAUGUGUCCGCUCACAAAGUUCUGAGUUUAUUAGGUGUACUUCCACCUGAACCUACUGCAAUGCAUUUUAGGUUUUCGAGUGUCCUGUUCAGUAUAAUUAAUCAUGUGAUUAUACUUAGGAUUGUUAAAAUCAUGAAAUGCAACUCUCCUAAUAUUCUAGCCAUCACUAUCGCAUCAGAACCAUUAUUCCUCUUUUUCUCUGCCUUCUACUACACUGAUCAUUGCUCGAUAUUAUUCGUCAUGGCGUCUUUUUACUUUAUUUUAUUACAUCGCGACUGGUUAAGUGCUCUGUUCGUCUCCUAUGCUGUCUUCACACGCCAAUCUAAUAUUAUAUGGGUUCCUCUGCUUAUGUGCAUCCACACUUCCGGGAGCCUAUCACAAAAUAUGUUCGGACAUGACCGAUGUUCCUCAACCAUGUGGAUCAAAAGAUUACUGUACAUGUUCAUCACACAUCCACUUUCUGUCACACUUGUUAUGCUGAAAAGUGUCUUCCGACCGUGUUUACCUUUUGUCUUAGUUUUACUUUCGUUUAUAUCUUUUGUUAUUAUUAAUAAAGGUAUUGUUUUGGGUGAUAGAGAAGCACAUACUGCAGUUUUGAACAUCCCUCAAUUUUUCUACUUUGCUACUUUUUGUGCACUUUCCACUCCUAUUCAGUUUGUGGGUUACAUAGUAAAUAGCAUAAAAUCAUUUAGAAACUUGCUUGUUAAUCGAAGUUGGAGGGUGUUGACUAUAUUUCUUCUGCUCACGCCAACUUUUGUCCUAAUUAUAUUAAUAUCUUUGAAGUAUUGUCUUUUUAUUCAUCCCUAUUUGAUUUCUGACAAUAGGCAUUAUACCUUUUAUAUCUGGCGAAAAAUAAUAUAUAGAAAUGUUUCCACGUACUACGGUCUGUCUGUUGUUUAUCUAGUAGCUACAGCGUACUUUGUGAACACCUUGUUCUUUUCUUAUCGAAACAUACCAUUCGGUCCUUUUAUAGAACGCUUAGUUUUCUUAGUGUGCACUUUCAUUGUUGUAACUGCUUCUGGUUUACUCGAAUUGCGAUAUUUCUUGAUCCCAUUUGUGUUAUGGCGCGUCUUCUCUUUUUCACAUACUCAUUAUAAGUAUUUGCUCUGUGAAGUUUUAUGGAAUUUAUUGAUUGUGUUUAUUACAGCAUAUCUCUUUAUCUUUAAGCCGUUUGAAUGGCCAAGUGAACCUGGUGUGUAUCAAAGGUUUAUGUGGUAG